AUGGUGCAGAUCAGCGAAGUUAAGGACCAGGUGCCCGGCAGUAGCGCUGGCGCGCGUACAGCAGCGCACACUCACAUCAAGGGGCUGGGAUUGGACGAGUUUGGCGCCGCGAAGCAGGUGGAAGGUGGAUUUGUGGGGCAGGUCGAGGCUCGCGAGGCCUGCGGCGUGAUCGUGGACCUGAUCAAGGCGAAGCGGAUGUCCGGGAGGGCGAUUUUACUAGCCGGUGGCCCCUCGACGGGGAAGACGGCGCUAGCACUGGCGAUUACGCAGGAGCUGGGGCCGAAGGUCCCGUUCUGCCCGCUGGUAGGAUCGGAGCUGUUUUCGGUUGAGGUGAAGAAGACGGAGACGCUGAUGGAGAACUUCCGGCGCGCGAUUGGGCUGCGCAUUAAGGAGGUGAAGGAGGUCUACGAGGGAGAGGUAACGGAGCUAACUCCGGAGGAGGCGGAAAAUCCACUUGGCGGAUACGGCAAGACCAUCUCGCACGUUAUCGUCGGCCUGAAGUCGGCCAAGGGCACCAAGACACUGCGUUUGGACCCUACCAUCUACGAGAGCAUCCAACGCGAGAAGGUGAGUGUGGGCGACGUGAUCUACAUUGAGUCAAACUCGGGGGCAGUCAAGCGCGUGGGGCGUUCCGACGCGUAUGCGACGGAAUUCGACCUGGAGGCAGAAGAAUACGUUCCGCUGCCAAAGGGUGAGGUGCACAAAAAGAAGGAGAUUAUCCAAGAUGUCACUCUGCAUGACCUCGAUGUUGCCAAUGCGCGCCCUCAGGGCGGCCAGGAUGUUAUCUCUAUGAUGGGCCAGCUUAUGAAGCCAAAGAAGACGGAAAUAACCGAGAAAUUGCGCCAUGAGGUCAACAAAGUCGUUGCGAAGUACAUCGAUCAGGGCGUGGCAGAGUUGGUUCCUGGUGUGCUCUUCAUCGAUGAGGUAAACAUGUUGGACAUUGAGAUUUUCACCUUCUUGAAUAGAGCGCUCGAGUUGGAGAUUGCACCAGUUGUCGUUUUGGCGUCCAACAGGGGCAUGACCACUGUACGCGGUACUGAAGAUGUUGUCUCAGCGCAUGGUAUUCCUCCGGACUUGAUUGACCGUUUGCUCAUCGUGCGGACAUUGCCUUAUACGCAAGAUGAGAUCCGUGUGAUCAUCGAAAAGAGGUCUAAGGUCGAAAACCUGCAACUUGAGCAGGCUGCACUUGAUCUUUUAGCGGCCAUGGGCUCUGAUAUGUCGUUGCGUUACGCCUUGCAGCUGUUAACCCCGGCAGGCAUCUUGGCUGCCACAGCUGGCCGCACAGAAAUUCUACUAUCCGACAUUGAAGAAGCCAAGAUGCUAUUUCUGGAUGCCAAGAGGUCUACUAAAAUCUUAGAAUCGAACUCGAACUACUUAUAA